AAGUUGCCAGUACACCCUUGGGUCCAAACCCUAGCUAGCCGCCCCACCUCGCGCCAUGCCGUCCGGCGCCUCCUUAUUCCCGUCCCCUCCUCGCCGCCGCCGCCGCCGCACGGAGACCCCGCAGCAGCCGCCGGAGGAGAGGGACUGGGCGGAGCUGCCGCGGGACGCGGUAGCCACCGUCCUGGGGAAGCUGCCGGUGGACGGCGUCCUGGCGGGGCCCGCCCAGGUGUGCCGCAGCUGGCGCCACGCCGCGGCCGAGGAGCCUGCGCUGUGGCGCCGCGUGGAGGCGCGGUUCGGCGCCGGGCUCGCCGCCGCCAGGCUCGCCGUCUGGAGAAGCGCGGGGCGGUGCGAGGCGUUCGAAGCGGUGCGCGUCGCCGACGACCGGAUCCUCCUCUACCUCGCUGCCUGGUUGUCAUGUCUAAAGAGCCUUUGCCUCGUUUCUUGCUACAGUGUGUCCAGUGAAGGAUUUAUUGAGGCAAUACAAGGGUUCCCACUGCUUGAGAAACUCGAGCUUUCACUCUGUAAAAACAUUUACGGGGAGGCAAUUGAGGCUGCUGGAAAAGCUUGCCCACACAUGAAGCGCUUCAGAUUGAGCAACGACCGAUUCUACUCCUUUGAAGAUGAAUGCAUCAAUGAUCAGGAAGCCCAUGGGAUUUCAACUAUGCGUGAGCUACGUUCUCUUCAGCUUUUUGCCAACAACCUCACCAACAGAGGUCUGGCAGCCAUCCUUCACAGCUGCCCCCACCUGGAGUGUCUCGACAUACGGCAUUGUUUCAAUGUUGAAUUGGACGCUGCCCUGAAAGUCAAGUGUUCAAGGAUCAAGACACUGAGGCUUCCGAAUGACAUCACUGAUGACUACGAGUUUGAGGUCAAAAGCCCCAUUAGGUUGAAUUCAAAAAGAUCCAACUUUGAUGAUGAUGAUGGAGACCAGAACACAUAUGAUCCCAAGAGUUAUUAUGGAGACUGGAACACAUACGAUCCCUUCAAGAGUUAUGGAGAAUGGAACACAUAUUUUCUUUUUCGCGACCAUGCCUUAGCAUAUGAUCCCUCCGAGAGUGAUGAUGAUGUCCUGGAUGACUAUGAAAUGUAUCAAAUUGAGGAUGAAGAUGUCGAUGAACCCAUUGAUGAACCUUCCAUGCGCAUGGAGGAGCCCGGAGAAAUCCCUGAAGACGAGGAGGCUAUGAUGUUAGAUUACGACGCCAUACUCUAUGAGCAAGAACUAGACGAACACAAACCUGAUGAAGAUAGGUUGCAAAGAGGUGAUGACCAGAAGGCGCUGGAGGAGGGUGCAGAUGUGCUCAAAUCAGUGGCUGUGGAGUUCCACAAGCAAGUUCAUGCUGAUGAAUGAUGAAGAAAUGGCGGUCAAUUUGAUCCAAGGAGGAACGGGAUGAAAAACGCGAAGAACUGAUGCAAGCUCCUGCAGCUGAGGAAGCUGCCCCGAGGGAGGAUACCUCCAGUUCUGUUACUAUUGCCAGUUUUUUUUUGUUCUUCUGCCAUGUUUUGCCUUUGUUGUCGGGUAACUCUGUACGCAGAUUUCACAGUCGCAGAUUGCAGCCCUGCC